AUUCAGUUACAUUUGAAUUUUUUUUAAUAAUUAAUUACUAAAAUUUAUUCAAAUUCUUAUUCUUAAUUUUUCUUUUUAAACUUUUAAAUUUUUAAAAAAAAACUCAAAAAAAUAUCGCUUUAAAAAAUAAGAAAUAAUUCAUUUCAAAUAACGGAGAGGAGAGGAUAAAAAAAAAUGAAUGUUAUAGUUGAAGGUAAUAUGGGUUCAGGGAAGUCGACCAUUCUCAGUUAUUUUCAAAAUCUGCCAGAUGUCUCGUGUCACCCAGAACCUGUCGCAAAAUGGACAAACUUUUAUGGGCAUAAUCUUUUGGAAAUAUAUUACAGUAAUCAAAAGCGUUGGGCGUUUCCGUUUCAACUUGUAGCACAAAAAUCGUCUAUAGAUCUUCUGGAUGACGACGAUUCGUCAUCUUUGAUCAAUAUAUACGAACGUUCCAUAUAUUCCAAUUUCAACGUUUUCUGCAGAGCUAUGAAAGAAGGAGAUUUUCUGAGCGACAUCGAAUACAUGAUAUUAAAAGAUUUUUACCAGAGCAACUACAAACGUUCAUCCGAAAAAUUUGAUUUAAUCGUAUAUUUAAGACUCGAUCCAGAAAUUGGUUAUCAAAGAAUGACGAAGCGAGGAAGACCGGAAGAAAUGGGUGUUAAUAAAGAGUUUAUGAACGAUUUACACAGAUAUCACGAAGAUUGGCUAUAUCAUAGAACGGUUGUUCCAAAUUUUGAUAUUCCAAUAUUGAUUGUCGACGCUAAUAUCACCCUGAAUCAAAUGGAAAUUUUAGCUCAGGAACUUCACUCCCAAUGGAUUCAAAAAUAAUUCAUAUCUAUUAGACUAUCGCUAUACUUUUAACUAAUAAAAAUAAGAAUAUAAAUAAAGCUAAGAACAUUUUUGUAUAACGUUUCAAGUGGGAUAGUAUUCUUCCUUCCUUCCCUCCUUUUGUAUUCGUAUACAUAUAUUUUAUAAUUUAUGAAUUUUUAUUAUAAAUCGACGAGGGUUAUAUAUUAAUUUGAAUAUGUAAAAAAGAAAAUUAUGUUUUUUAUAGACUGGUAAUUUUUAAUUAUGUUUAUGAAUACUGGUAAUUUUUAUUAUUUUUAAUGAAUGUUCAAUAUACUUGUAAUAUUUGCAUAUUAAAAAGAUGUAUCUAAAUGAAAAUAUUUUAAAAUAAAAUCAGUACAUAGUUUUUUUUGAA